CACAGACACACACACCAGGAUUUCACUGAAUAUGGUUUUAUUCUCCUCCACAUGCGGAGCCUUUAACUUUUUCACCUUGCGGAGUCGCAGGGAAGCAGCGGUACCAGGAAACAGCUCCGGGGAGAGAGAUCACGCUGAUUGUGUGUUGGCAACCUUCCACGGGGGAGAGGAUAAAAAAAAGAAAAGAAAGAGCGCGAGCACGUGUUCCUGUCCUUUGCGUGAGUGCGUGCGCGCCUGUGUUUACUGGAAGAGCCCUCUGCGCGGAGGAGGCGGGGCCUUACGGCUCCACUCGCUGCUGGAACAACCUCCAGUAACCUUCCGCCACACACGGACCCGAGUCCUCCGGAGCGCCGCCGCAUUCCUCCGCUCCGGACCCGAGCCGCUGCACCCUGCUUUCCUCGGAUACUUCAUCUCCUUCUCUUUGCAUUUUUAAUGCCUGAGUUAAUCACUCAUCUGGCACUACUCUCGGGUAGUUUGCAUCUGGUCGAGCAAAUCCGCGAGCUGUGUGUAGGUGCUCUCUCCCAGCCCCUCUCUGGAUGCAUCGGACUCCUCUACCCCGGGGCCCUGGACCCGGUGUGUGACCGAGCCGCCCUCGGCCCUCUCGCCCUCCUGUUCCUCUCCCUCUGCACCGGACUCACUUCCCCCUGCCUGCCUCGGCACUCCCGUCCUGGGCCCCCUGCCUCUCGACCAGCCGGCGGAGGCAGGGGGCCAUGGCGCCAUGGUAGCCCUCGGCGGACGCAACCCUCUCGCCAUGAGCGGCGUGCCCCCUCCAGUGGGCCGAGUUCAGGGGUCCAACUUUACCCCACAUCACUACAAGCCCUUCAGCUCACACGCACACUACCAACAGGUAAUGCGUGCAUUGCAUAAGCUCCAGGAGAGUGGGUUUUACUGGGGGGCUGUUGGAGGGCGAGAGGCCAGCUCCCUGCUGCGCUCGGAAUCCCCCGGCACUUUCCUGAUCCGGGACUCCUCGGACCACCACCACUUCUUCACCCUGUCUGUGCAGACGGCUCGAGGAACCAAGAACCUGAGAAUCCACAGCGAGGGAGGUGGAUUCUUCUUACAGCCAGACCCGCAAAACACCCAAGUCCCACCGCAGUUCGAUUGCGUGCUGAAACUCAUAGCGCACUACAUGGGCAAAGGGCUGGACGCUGGAAGGGGCAGAGAUGGGGCAUGUGGGGGCAACUCAGCAGAAAUUAAAGGGUGCAACGUUUAUCUGAUUCACACCGGUGGAGAGAGGAUCCCCCUGGAGUUGCGGCGACCCCUCUCGACCUCUCUCUCGUCUUUGCAGCACAUGUGCAGGAGGACCUUGAACAACCAAGGCCUGGGGUCGGAGCGGGCAGAGCAGCUCCCGCACACACUUAGAGACUUCCUGGAGGAGUAUGAUGCUCCGAUAUGACUGACAGGAACUGCAGCGGUCCGUCGACAUGGACCAGCCGCCUACAGGACGGCACUGCCUCCACCAGAGACUGACCAGAUUUAGCCUUAGAUGCCAACGUGAGGUUAGUUUCUCAUUGUAGCCAGAAUCAGCUUAUCCCAGAUGUGUCCCAACACUUCCGGGAAAGCGACUGACCUGGGGUCUGGCAUGAGGAGUGCAAUUUGGGUUAACCAAUGAUUACCUCGUCCAUCCCACGUUGCAAAAAACUGACCGCUACCGAUGUGAGUGGCAGACGAAGCCCAGGGUCAAAGGUCAGAGUUUUCCCUAUGACUGCCUUGGACGCAGAGCAGAGCCUCAUAGAAGAUUAACCCGAGUGGUCGAUUUUAACGGUGACAGUGGCAGCGCGAUCGAUACAGCACCAGUGAUCCCCGCGGGUUCGCUGAAACCUCUCGGCCACCCCCCGCCCCCCCGGUCAGCCUGACAUUUACAACACUUUGGAUCACCGGAGAGAAAGAAAGGAGGCGCAGUAGAGGGAGGGGGUAAAGAACGGACGAGUUUCCGAGGACAAGGCAAAGUUCAAACAAGGGACUCAAAGCCGAGGACUUAAAGUAUUUGUUUGUCUGACUGUGGGUGUAUUUGUGUGUUGUGGUGGCGCACACAUUUCCAUUGCUGCUUCCCGCAAGUGUUGCCUCAUUGAGGGGAGAGAGGCAGUCAUUCAUGCCAGCUCCACACACACACAAACACACACACAUACACACCCACACACACACACACACACAUACACACCCACACACACACACUCGCGCACACUCACACAGGUACAGGCCCACAUAUAGGAUCUGUUCACGUGGGAACAAAAGGAUGAAAACCCAUUACAAAGCAUCUCCUCUCCCAUCUCCUGUUUGUAUCUCGUUUCUCCUCCAUUAGCCAGCCCCUGUCCCGACUUUUUAUUUUGUUUUACGGAGUUGCAUGUGCGCCUUGACAGUGACACAAAGCAGACCGCUGUUGCCGAGACAAAAGCUUGUUACGGAGACAAAAGCCCUGGCACGGGACCAAAGAAAACAUCAGUACUUAUUUUUAUCCAAGCUGGCUGGAAAUAUGUCAGCGACACUGUAAAGGGAACUGACGACGACGACGAUCCUGGAGAUCGGGGGAAGGGUGAGGAGAGGGACUGAGCGAAGGAGAACGAGUAGCGGGAAGAGGGAUUAGGAAAGAGGAAAUUGAAGAGGACAGAAAAGUGGGGAGGGGGCCGGAGUGUGGGGGGAGAAGGGGGAGGAGACAUACUGGUACACAGCUAAACAAAAACACUGACUGGAUUGAUGUCGCAGACUUAGGGGAAAUGAUACAGGACGCUGCUCCUGCUAAUACACAUCCAGGUUUUCCAAGGAGCCCCAUGUGAAAAAAGAAAGUUUGAAGUCUUAAUACUGUUAUUUGGACACUCGCGGUAAUUUCUCCUCGACAUUAUCGCCUCGAUUUUACUCUGUUUUUGUGGAAAUGUGUCAGUGUGUGUGUGUGUGUCUGUCUGCCCUGUACCCCCCUGGAUUUCUUAAAUCGCCAUUCAUGAAGGAGACAAUAGAGGAAAUGAAUCAUUUUGUUGAAAUCCUGUAACUUUAGAAAAGAGUUCCUCGCCCCAUCUCCCUUCCAUUGUUACCUCUGAAGCAGGAGCGGGCCGUGGGGUUUGUCUGAAUGUCAUGGGAACACGAGACUAAAGCAAUUCUCUCAAGAAAAAAGCCUUUUGUAAAAACAUGUAAGACUCAGAUUUGAUCAAAAUUGUUGUUUCUGUGUUCGACCAGUGCUCGUACUUACCUGUGAUCCAUAUUGGAGUGGAAGCCUUUUCACAUCCUAACCCACGGUGAUGUCACUGUGGCCACUUGAGCGCUUGACGUUUUGCCAUAUCGUUCACAAUUUUGGUCAGAUCUCCGUCUUAUUUCCUCUUCAUCAACACCCGAGUUGAACAUGUGUCGCACGUGUAUGUGAAUCAUUUGUCUUUUAUAAAGACUCUCGCAAAAAGGCUGGCCACUAGUCUGGCAAAAUACAAGCUGUACUCUCUGAAAUAACAAAGCAUUACAACAAAAAAAAUAAAUGAAAAGGAACGUUGCACAUAUUUAUAUUUCUAAAAUAUUUCAAUAAUUUAUAUUAAAGAGCACUAUUUUUACAAAAGUCAA